AUGCUUAAAGAAAUUCCUAAAAAGACCGUAAGCCAUGUCGUAACGAGGCCGGGGAGACUCCAUGGAGACCCCGAUGUAGAGAUUCCUGUCGCAAUUGAUCUGGCGACCGUACCUGGCAUCCCGAAGAGGGAUGAGGAUGUCUCUUUCUAUAGCCGGGUCUAUCCGGUAGAGUCGCAGAACAUUGAGAAGGCAGCGGACCGUGAUUGGGUCUGGACGGUCUAUACUGCGGAAGUUCUGAAGUAUCGCGAGCGCCACGACGAGAUUAACCAGCCCCUCGUGGACGCCUCCUUGCUCACCGGGGACAUUCAGCCGACCGGGACACCUGAAGCCGGCAAGGACAUGACCGCCGUCAUCCGCCUCAAGGCGCGAGAGCUUGGGUUCGGCGAGGUUGGCUUCACGAAGUUCGACCACAAGUACGCCUACAUGAGCAAGAAGCGCUGGGUCAAGUACGAGCACACCAUCUGCCUCGCGCUUGAGCAGGACUACUACCAGACGCAGACCAUCCCCAGCAUUGAGGCUGAGUUUGCCCACUUCGGCACAUACGAGAUUGAGGGCGCGCUUGCGCUCGACCUCGCGGACUAUAUCCGCAGCCUUGGCUACCAUGCCCAGGUUCACAGCCCGAACGACAACAGCGGCGUCUAUAUUCCGAUGUUCGUCGCGGCGGGUCUGGGCCAGCUUGGCGCAAAUGGUCAGUUGCUGUCACCGCACUUCGGUUCGAGGGCGCGCCUGGCGAUGAUCACGACCGACGCACCGAUAACCUACGAUGAGCCGGUUGACUACGGCCUGCACAACUUCUGCCAGAUUGCCAGGUUUGCGUGA